AUGUAUUUAUUUCAGAUUACAAUUCCUGGUAAUGUUAGAUUUAGAUCUAUUUGUUGGAGCAAAGACCAAGGUUAUAUAGCCUGUGGAGGUGAAGAUGGUCUACUGAAAGUUUUAAAGUUAGAAACAAAAGCAGAUGAAGCCAAAUUAAAAGGACUUGCUGCACCUAGCAAUCUCUCAAUGAAUCAGACUCUUGAGGGCCACACAGGUGCUGUGCAAGUAGUGACUUGGAAUGAACAAUAUCAAAAGCUAACUAGUAGUGACGAGCAUGGACUUAUUAUAGUUUGGAUGCUGUAUAAAGGUGCUUGGUAUGAGGAGAUGAUCAACAAUAGAAAUAAAUCAGUGGUUAGAAGCAUGAGAUGGAAUGCUGAUGGGCAGAAAAUUUGCAUCAUAUAUGAAGAUGGUGCUGUAAUUGUUGGUUCUGUGGAUGGUUCCCAUAUCUUGAAUGGAAAGAAAGAACUGAGAGUAUGUUUCCGCAUAUUCAGCUGA